UAGAACAACUUCGCUUGGAGCAGUCACUAAUAAUUCCGUACUAACAUAUCCUGCAGUCCUUUGUGCAAGCUGUAUCAUAUAUUCUGUUGGGAACCAACUGUCUCUUGAUGCUGUCUGGUGGAUUGUUUACUGAGGCAACAUCUUUAUCUAGUUGGGCUUGCACGAGACAUUGCUUAACUGCAUUAGACACUGUCCGAAAUGAACGUAUGAUGUGGGCUCUUACUGGCCUUCUGCUUCUUUUCAACCUUGGCACAGUGAUAAGUCUCUGCGAAGGAAUGGAUAGCAGAGAUCCUCUUGUCAGAAGAUUAGCCAAAGAAAGGUGUAAUUCUUAUUGUGAAAAAAAGGACAUAAGCAACUUUGGUGAAUGCAAAGGAAAGAACAAGUGCAUCUGCAUACCUCAUCCUUUUGCUUAAUACAGUUACCUUAGUGUUCUCUGCAGUAGUAAUGUCUGCUUUGAGAAACAUAAUGAACG